AUGGGCCUGCUCGAGCGCUACGCGUCUCGGAUGGCUUCAGUGUGGUGGUGGGCUCCGUCGCGCGGCACCUUCGAGGAGCUGACCGGGGCCGAGCGGAGGUGCCCCGGCGACCCGGCGGCCCAGGAAGGUGCGCUGGUGCACUGGUUCUGGGAUCUCGGGCGGAUCGGGGUGGUGGAGAGGCAGUCCCUUUCGGCCAAGGUCAUAGACAAGUGCAUAUGCCCGCAGGGUACCUUCUGGCACUGGAGGAUAAACAAGUGCCAGAACCAGGGGGGCUGGGGCUACGAGUGUGGUUUCUUUCCGAAGGAUCGCUGGCGGUGCGCAGACGGCCUCACGUGCAAGCCUGUACCGAACUCGAGCGACGUCUACUACUCGUAUGGCCGCCACCACGGCACCGCCGGCUCCAGGCCGGCCACUUGCCAGACCUGCGGCCCGGAGGAUGACUGCAAGCUCGCCGAGGAUCGCCACAACGGGGACUGCCUGCGCGGCGUGGAGCUGUCUGGCAACGCCACCGCGACCAUCAGGGUCACGGUGUCCAGCAGCGCCACCGCCACCGCCACCGCCUCGCACACCGCAGAGGCCGAGGAGGUGGCGUCGGCGACGGCUAACCACACCGUCCAAGCGAAGACGGAUGGAGGAGGCGGAGCGAGUGCCACCGCAGCCGCGGAGCACGCAUCGCGGGCGACGGAGACGGCAAGCGUCAACCACACUACGACUGCGGAGGCGCUCGGCUCCGCCGAGGCUAGCGCGGCCAUCUCGGCCGAGGAGAUCAUGGCACGCAUGGGUUUCGGUGCCUUGGACAUCAGCCCGACGAUGGCGGCGUCGAUGAUCUCGGCCGCCGACGAGCUGGUCUUCGGGCUGGCCCUGGAGAAGGCCAAGGCCCUGGCCGAGAAGGAGAGCCUCGCGGGCGCCAAGGAGCGCCCCUGGCCCGCGUGCGGGCACGAAGCGCCCAAGACCUCCAUGUGUAAAGCCUGA